UCUCCGAAAUGGAAAUAAUAAGUGCGGUGUCCAUUUAAAUAACUGAUGUUGCCUUUUGUGUAUAGUACUUAUCUUUUACUUUCUGCUUUUUCGAGAGUUCAAUAAAACACUAAAAGGUGGCAGUUAGGUAUUCCUUUUUUGUCGAUCAAAGAAAACAUCUGAGGUUACACAGGGUUAACAGUUUGUUCCUUUUGUAUUUAGGAAUGACUGGUAUGAGUCAGCCAAAGACAGAGAUACUUUGAGAGAGAGAGAAAAUUCUGCAGUCCUUUAGAUGAUACAUCUCAGGCAUGAUACAAACACUUUUACUAACUGCUACAACAGCCUGAUGUCAAUGUGUUUGUCAGUGAAUGACAAGGCAAUUGGGUGUGACUGCCUUGGCAUGGAUAGUGAGAACACACACACACACACACACACACACACACACACACACACACACACACACACACUGUCAUCUGAAGUAACAGUAAAAUGGAAACUGGUUUACGGAAGACCGGUGUGGGUUGUUUUUUUGUUCCUGAAGUGUUACUUGGAUAGUCGUCCUUGCCUUGUGUGUAGAUAUAUGGGAGGGGGUAGAGUAGAGGGACGUUUCAGAUGAGAUGGAGGUGAUGAGGGCGGAGAUGGGUUGGUCCUGUUUUAAAGUUGUUUGACUUGCAAAGCAGACCUUGGUGUUUCUUCCAGUGGGCACUGAGAGAAGGUCCUUCCCUGAAAGCGGAGCACCGGGGAACUCGGAAAAGCUGCUGGGUUUGCGGGGCCUCGUCACCCACAGGCAUGAAUUAGUGAUAAGGAAUGUUUCAAGCCACGAGGAGGUGUCGGGAUCAGACAGGCAGACGGACAGACGGCAGGACGGAUACGCGGGUGGGGGCUGUGCUAGGCGGCUCGGCGGCAGGCUGGUGGAAGAUGUCGUCAGGAGCCGGUGGGAGGGGUGGAAGGCGGCUCAGGGGGACGGCAAGCAGCAGCGGCGGUGGAGGAGGGAGAGGAGGACCAGGGGAGGCGGAGGAAGGCCCCGUGGGGAUCCCAUUCCCCGAGCACAGCGCGGACAUCCUGGGCAGUCUGAACAAGCAGCGGCUCAGCGGCCUGCUGUGCGACGUGCUCCUGGUCGCCGAGGACCGGGAGUUCCCGGCCCACCGCUCCGUCCUGGCGUCCUGCAGCUCCUACUUCCACAAGCUCUUCACUUCAGGGGCCGCCGCAGACCAACAGAACGUCUACAACAUUGACUUUGUGGCAGCAGAGGCCCUGGGAGCGUUGCUAGACUUUGCCUACACAGCGACAUUGACGGUCAGUCACAGCAGUGUGGCCGACAUCCUCGCUGCUGCACGCCUCCUGGAAGUCCCACCUGUGCAGGAAGUCUGUUCACACCUGCUGGACACCAAAGUGCUCUCCCCGCCGGCGGUCAGUGAGCGAAAAGAUGAGGAGAGCAAGGGCAGAGGAGGCAGGGAGCCGGGGAACCGGGUGCGGGCCCAGGAGUACCUGGACUACUUCCAGAGAGGGGCGCACUGGAGCAGCAGCUGCAGCACGCCAGAGCUCAGGGACCUGCCCACACACCUGCACUUUAACCACGGUAAUGGCGGGGUCCCCAGCAACGGGGCUCCUGCUGGCCCCGGUGAGUACUACUCCCCUCUGGCCCUCGCCUUGGCCCAGGCCCCCACACAGGAGCCAGAGGAUGAGGAUGAGGACGACGAGGAAGAUGAGGACGUGGAGGCGGUGCAGGGGAACGGAGCGAGCCUGGGGUCGUCUUACUUCCCGCCGUCCCAGAAUGGGCACUUCUACCUCCCCCCUGAGUCUCGGCUUGGGCAGGAGACAGAGGCGGAAGAUGGAAGUAGGGAGGCGAUGGCGAGGGAGAGGGAGAGGGGUUCUGCCAGUGCCCUCCUGCAGCAGAUGAUGGACUCCAUCGAGAGGCAGAAGGAGCGUGCAACAACUGGGGAGGAACAGGGAGAUGGGGACGACCCCGACAUGGAAUUUUACUUGAAUUACUUUAACAGCACUCAGCAUGAGGAUCCAGCUUCUGCGGCUGUGACACAGGGAGUGGCACCGCUCUGGUUGUCACGGGGCAGAACAGGCCCAGACAGAAGAGGAGGUGGAGGAGGAGGAGGAGGAGGAGAGGGUGGAGAGGGAGAGAGAGGCAGCGGGGUUGGAGGAGGAGGAGGAGGUGGCGAGAGGAAGAUGCGCUCUAAGGCCUUCCAGAAAUGCCCCAUAUGCUCCAAGGUCAUUCAAGGAGCAGGCAAGCUACCCCGCCACAUCCGAACGCACACGGGAGAGAAACCUUAUGAAUGCGCCAUCUGCAAAGUACGCUUUACCAGGCAGGACAAGCUCAAGGUUCAUAUGCGGAAGCAUACAGGAGAGAAGCCUUACCUUUGUACUCAAUGUGGAGCCGCCUUUGCUCACAACUACGACCUGAAGAACCACAUGCGCGUGCACACCGGCCUGCGCCCCUAUCAGUGCUCGAGCUGCUUUAAGACUUUCGUGCGCUCGGAUCACCUACACCGCCACCUCAAGAAGGACGGCUGCAACGGCAUCCCCUCUCGUCGAGGCCGAAAGCCCCGGGUGCGAGAGCAGGGGCUCCUCGACGCCCCCCUGGGCCUGCCGGACCCCGACUCCGACACGGGCCCCGGGCCUCGUACCAUCAAGGGGCGGCGGCGCUCGGAGGCCUCCUCGGCCGCGGAGGUGGAGGGGGCCGCCAGAGCCCACGCACACAGUCCUCCGCUGCAGGAGUUUGCAGGGGAGGCGGGGCCCUGAGACUGCAGGGUGCGACAAGGACACUGCUGGACACCAUAGUCACUCUGCACCGCCUGUGAGACAGGCCAGCGAACUGAGAGGAGAAAAAAAAACACACAAAGGCAAACUUUAAAAAAACAAAAACAACAACUAACUAUUCCUCUAUAAACCAAAUCAGGGUGUCACAAAAAAAAAAAAAUCUAAUCUUUAUAUUUCUUUUUCCUUUUUGUUUAGGAAAUGGAGUAGACAUGCAAGCACUUGAGUCGAUUUAUCUGUUAAAGAGCAAAGGACGCUUCAAAUCAUGUACCCACGACGUCCACUUUCUGGGCCAUUUCUUUCUUUAUAAUAUUAGGGUUUUUAUACAUUGGCAGAUGUGUAUGAUGGAUACAAAGAAACGCGGAGCAACUAUGCAGUUGAUUUAGAUUUUUAUUGGUUUUGUCCUCACAGCCUUCAAGCUCUAAGCAAGGUGUCUAUCAAGCACCUUCUGGCUGCUGUACGGGUGAAGCGAGGACAAAUCCACCCAGUGAAAACAACUCUUUUUCUAUUCUUUUGCAGGCCUGAAAUGUACAGUUACCAUAGAAACAACAUUGCCACAAUUUUGGCAUAUGCAAGGAAAGCUCACCACAAUUUUGAUGCAACAGUUUUUUCCUCUCUAAAUGUUCCAGAAAGAAUCAGACGAGGGGUUUGAUUGAAGUGUUACUUACUCUAUAAAAUGCAUCUAUGGUUUGUCUUAUUGAAAAACGAAACAAAUUCACGUCGAGUCAAAUCCAAUUUAACGGGGGCUCUUCAAUUGCAGGACUCGGGGAAUACGAGGGGUGGAGGGUUUGUGUUUUUAAAGCACUACCAUCGUCAAUGUACCUGUUGGCUUGACUACGUUGCCUCUUAACCCUUCACAACCCUGCUAAUUUCUGCUUUAUUUGUUCUCCCUUUUUUGAUUCUGUCUUAAUUUUUAUUUUUUUUUGUCGUCGUCGUCGUCGUUCCUUUUUUUUUUUUGUUGACUGCUUCGGGUACUUGACACUUUAUAAUUGUAUACAUGUAUAUACAGCAGGUGGUGAUAUGACAUCGGCCCCCUCUUAAUGCUGGGGUGUACUUACCAAUCGGGUUUUCCUCUCUCGGGCUAGAUGUCAUAUUUCUCACAGAGUGAAGCUUGUGGGUGAACAAAAAAAAAAAAAAAAAAAAACCUGUAUGAGUGUUCGAUGAAAGAAAAAAACAAAACAUUAAGUCACCCAUUUGCCCUAAACUUAACACUUAACUUGUACAGUUCCUACCCAAAGGAGGAGGAGGAGGUCGGAUGAAUGAAUGUGCUUAACUUUGUGCAGUUUUUUCGGAGUCUGUCCUUGUGUGACAAGGCGCGGGUAGCAUUUAACCAACCGCAGGUUAAAGGAAUGGCAGGGAGCUCGAGUGAGAGAACGACAAAGAGUACGAAGAAGAGAUAGAUGAGCACCUUUUUAUUUCUAUGUUUGCACAGCUUUACUAAAGAUAUCCAACAGAGAGAGAGCGAGAGAGAGAGAGAGAGAGAGAGAGAGAGAGAGAGAGAGAGAGCGCGCUCGCGAGAGAGAGAGGUAUAUUUAGAAGGAAGUGGGCUGGUGUUGGAGGGAGUGAGAGGAGCUUUAUGCAUCGUGCUUAUUCCAAUCUUUUUUUUUUUUUGCCCUAGGGACCACACAACCGUGAGGCAACCUGUACGAUGAAGAGAGCAAUAAAUACCUGUCCAAGUUGGGAGGCCAAAUAGGAGCGCGGCUGCAGCUGGUUGAUGGGGGAGGGGAACAAGGGAAGGGGAGGGGGAUCUCACAAUGUCUGUUGCAUUCCAAAAAAAUAAUCUCCCCCAGCUCAGCCACGUUUCCAGGCAGGAGGGGAUCAAAUCAGGCCUUUUCUCUCCCUCUGUAGUCCUCUAAUGCCCCCGAACUAGCCUGGGGGGGAUAUUAUUAUAUUAGAGCCUGGUGUUACUGUGGGUAGGAUGCCUGGUGCUGGCAGUUUAGUGUGCGAGUGUGUUUAUAUGUACGUGUGUGUGUGUGUGUGUGUGUGUGUGUGUGUGUGUGUGUGUGUACGUGUGUGUACGUGUGUGUGUGUGUGUGUGUACGUGUGUGUACGCGUGUGUGCGUGGCAGCCAGGGUCGCUCUGGCCACAUCAUCACUGUGUGAGUCAGCCACGGCCUGUUCAAACAUGUACCCUGAGCUGCCAGCCCCAAUGCACUUUCUCUGUCUCACACACACACACACACACACACACACACACACACACACACACUCUGCUCACUGGAUCCAGGCAUCCUGUGGAGAAGAGGGAGACACCAGAGCUGGUAUUUAUACGUCUGAAUGUUGCAGGGGACUCCGUCACACUGGAUUUGUGAGUCUGUCCAAGUUGUGUUAUCGUGCUCAAAAUCCAUCGUUGUUUUCCAAACUAGCACAUUUUGAGUGCUAGUUUGGAAAACAACGUUGGAUUUGUAAUAUCUGCAGUCGGGCUGUAGUCCAACCAUCAGUCCUCUUGCAUCUUAAUUGGAAAGCGGCAGGUUACGAAUGCACUUCAACAAAACGGGUACUUGGGAAACAAACCAGUCGCAGAUUGAGAGAAGUCCUUUCUUCUGUCCACGGCGGUGAAGUUGAGCUCCUCCGCUGGUUUUGUUCAGGUUUUUAAGACAAAGCUGCCAAAAAAACCAACAAAAAAAAAAAACAUCUGAAAACUGAAAUAUUUGACUUCAGAUCUCUAAAAGAGACGCCAGGGAGUUUCUGAUCCAAACACGUUGGCUGUUGUGGACUUGAGAAAAGAAAGGACGCCGUGCGUGGUGUGUGUGUGUGUGUGUGUGUGGUGUCUGUGCGUUUCCUUUUCGUGCACGUGUUGCUGGCUGGCAGGCCGGAGGGUCUCGGGGGCGAGUUCGGAUAAACAAACUUUGUGUCGGCCCCCCCCCCCCCCCAUCUGUUCGCCAGCUACUCCUUAUAACUACACGUGUUCCCCCGAGGAACCGCGGUGAUAAUGGGUUCCACGGAGAGAAAAAAAGCAUAUUGUAAAGAAAAAACGACCCAUUGGACAGUUGCGUGUUUACUUCACGGCUCUCUCGGUGCAGAUUUGCAUAACUCUCUCGUUCACCCUCGUGGGUCGUUGGCUUAGGUCUUGAGAGUUUUCGGUUCUAUUUUUGCUCCUCCCUCGUGAUAAAGAUGGCGUUUUAUAUAAAUGCACAGUUUGACGCUCACAGGCUGGGUAUGUGAUCUUUAUGCUUAAGCCAAUUUUGUCUUGAUGUGGCAGAACCUGUUAGCCAUCUUAAACUUUUCUUUGGACCUUAAUAUUUUUCCCCAAAAAGUCUUACGUUGUUUGUUGAUGAACCAAAGCUUUUUUGCCCUCAAUCUUAGCCGACGGUAGAGAUGUUGAUAGUGUGUCUAUAAUUUAUCCAGACUUGGCCUACCUGACUAAACCACACACAGAUGCCCUCCUCUUGAAUACAUAUGCAGACGUGUGAGUGUGUGUGUGUGUGUGUGUGUGUGUGUGGAAUCAUACAGAUAUUAACUUGAGUUUGCUUUCUCUCGCUCUUUGUAUCCUUGUGGACAAUAGAAUCAGAGGUUUAAGGAUGUGUAGUUUUCGGGGGUUUUUUGUGCUACUUUUUAUUAUUUUCUUUCUAACAAUCUUACAUGGCUGUGAGUGUGUGUGUGUGUGUGUGUGUGUGUAUGUUUGUGGGGUCAUGGUUAUGGGUUGCUGUGCCAGGAGGGUGGGGUAAAUGGGUGCUUGGGUGGGGUUAUGGAUAUAAAGCCUGAUAGCACUGGAAAUGGUGCUUUAGCUGAGAGAGCAAAAGUUUGCACUAAUGUUAAAUGUCCUUGUCCUGCUUAUGGGAGAAGGGCAGGAGACCUCAGAAAGGCCGGCGAGUUUCCAUGAGCACAGAGCAGUGUGGUUAAUACUCAACGGUCUCAACAAAAAGAGUCCAUCCAACCCCUCCAUAGAAAUAAUCAUGUACAGUAUAUUAAGAAAUAUACAGACGUCCAACAACCACAAAUACCAAAGGAGAAGAAAUGGCUUGCAUCGAAGCCAUUGGACAUUUUUAAGCUACCAAUCUCACGUUGGAUUAAUAAGAGUUUUAUUGUUAAAUCCGAAGGCUCUUGAAAAGAGAACUUUUGAUGGACACUAGAGAAAGAAAGAAAACAUGGUGUGAUAACCCUGCAAAUUGUAUUUGCUCUUCUUGUAAAGAAAUAUUCCAAAUGUAUACGACAUUUAGGCACUUGGAAAGUAGCGACGCCUCUCCGAAAACCUGUUGGAACAUUUAAUCUGUGUCCUGGUUUGAUGGCUGAGGUGCAACUGUGUGUGCAGGUGCCAGAGAUAUUGAAUCCAGUUAUUUUUUUCUUUUUAAAAAAAAUUCUAGAUGAUGAUGAUGAUGCUGAUGGGAAGUCAACUGAUGAAUAAUGAAAUGAAAUGAUGAAAACUGUUGGUAUUGUUGAACACUGUUAUUAUAUUGAUCAUUGCCGAGCCGGAUGGAUUCAGUUUACUUUCUGAAAAAAAGGUUUAAUUUAAUUAAAAAUGUUCUCUAGUUGAAGCAGACUGGGACUUCGUGGCCUUGUCUGAGCAACACUAAGCUUCGUAUUUUUUUUCUUUUCUUUCUUUCAAUGUUUCCAGACGGUUGUAUUGUGCAGUGUGGGGCUGAGGCUCCCUCCCACCAGGUGGACGAUACAAACAUCAAGGGCCACAUUGUGCCUUCUUACGUGGGCAGGAACAGACAAAACUCACACUUUUUUUUUUUUUCUUUUUUUUUUUAUAAACGUUUGACCACAAACACUUUUUUCUUUCCAUAUUUUCCAAAACAAAUUGUAAAAGCUGAUUGGCUUCGUACUAAAAAAA